AUGGCGACGAGACCCAUUCGCAUCGCAGGAGCGUCAGGCGCAGCGUCAGACCGCCGCCAUGCGCUAGCAGACUUCGCUCGUAACCAUCCACGCGACCCCAUCGACGUUGUCGUCCAGGACUACAUGAGCGAAUAUAACAUGUCUGUCGCUGCAGCACGACGCAUUAGCCGGUCUGAACACGCUGGUGGUAACGCUGGCAGUGAGCCGAGGCAUCGGUCUGCUCGACCAGCAUAUGAGGUUUCUUUUUUGGAGGCGCUGGAGCCCGCAUUGCUAGAUAUCGCGAGGUAUGGCAUUAAGGUCGUUACGAAUGCGGGCGUGGCAGAUACGGAGGCGCUGUAUCGUGCUGUCGCUGCCAUGGUGGAAGGAAAAGGGGUCCAACUUAAAGUUGCGUGGAUAUCUGGCGAUGAAGUGCUGCAUACAGUGAAAGACAGGCAACGAUCUGGUGCAGAAUUUAAGAAUAUAUAUACCGGUGAAGUAUUAUCACAGUGGCCGUUUGAACCCAUCUAUGCACAGGGAUAUCUAGGCGGCAUGGGAAUCGCGGCUGCACUUGGCCAGGGGGCUGAUAUAGUGGUCUGCGGCCGUGUUUCUGACGCUUCCCCUAUCAUUGGGGCCGCCUGCUGGUGGCAUCAUUGGCCACUGUCAGAUAUACAUAAGCUCGCCAAUGCGUUUGUCGCUGGCCAUCUUAUAGAAUGCAGCACAUAUGUUACCGGUGGCAACUUUACAGGGUUCAAGCAAAUUGAGGAUGCCCCUGGUGAUGAUGGCUGGAAGAGCCUUGGAUUCCCUAUAGCGGAGAUCUCAUUCGAUGGCGAGGUUGUCAUUACUAAACAGAACUAUUCAACCGGUGGUGCUGUGACGGUGGACACAUGCUCAUCUCAAUUGUUAUAUGAAAUUCAGGGGCCAGUGUAUCUCAAUUCAGAUGUCACCGCCAUAUUGGAUGAGGUGCACUUUGAACAACUUUCUGCCAACCGCAUUGCUCUAAGGGGGGUUAAGGCUGACCUCCCCCCGCCAACCACCAAAGUAGGUAUCACCGCUCGUGGCGGAUACCAAGCUGAAGUGGUCUACUUCUUAGUCGGCCUCGACAUAGCGGCCAAAGCAAGAAUGCUAGAGUCUCAGAUCCGCCACCUACUAUCUCCAUACUCCAAACACUUCACAUCCCUCACCUUCUCAACCCUAGGAGCUUGUCCAGAUGAUCCCCCGAACCAGAACAGCGCUACGACAGCGCUCAGAAUCCUUGCCCAGGCUCCACGGGCAGAAUAUCUAGCUUCCAGAUGCUUUGUGCGUCCAGUCACGGACUCCGUCAUGCAGUCUUACCCAGGAGCCACUUUCAACCUUGACCUAAGACAGGCCUUUCCUAAACCCGUCUUUGAAUAUUAUGUAACUCUCCUACCACAGGCAGAUAUUAACCAUCAAGCACAUCUCCCAUGGCUAAAUACGUCACUCCCUAUCGCCCCUCCACCAAACACUAAGCUCUACCAUAUUAACUUACCGUCAGCCACCACCACCACCACCGGCCCAGCCGACAUCCCCUCCGAUUUUGGCCCUACUACUCGCGGUCCCCUAGGAUGGCUCGUCCACGCCCGCUCGGGCGACAAAGGCCCUGAUGCGAACUGCGGUUUCUGGGUUCGCUCUGACUCUGAAUACGCUUGGCUACGCACCCUAUUAUCUACACGCAAGGUACAGGAGCUUCUGGGCGGGGAAUGGCGGGAUGAUGGGUCCAUGAGCAUUGAACGCUUCGAACUGCCCAAAUUGAGGGGAGUACAUUUCCUAUUUCGCAAUUUCUUGGAUCGGGGAGUAGCGGUUACGGCUACGGUGGAUUUUUUGGGGAAGAAUGUUGCUGAGUAUCUUAGGGCAAGGUGGGUGGAUUUGCCUGAUAAAUUUUUGAAUAAGGGCAGAUUAUAG